GCAAAUGGUUGUUUUGCAAUUUUCUAAUAAUACUUGUAAAUAUCGUUUGAAUACUUAUACUUGCCAAAUAAACUUCUAAAAUUUUUAUAUAUAAUAUAUCAAGCAAUUUUCUUAAUUUAUUUACCAAAAUAUAUUAUGAGAGUGGGAUUAUGAGUUAGAGUGAGCGCGACAGUGAUUUACAUUUGUUUACGUGAAUGUUUAUGAUUUUUGGAGGACAAGCAACAGUUUGUGGUUUUAAUUUUUAUAGGGACAGAAAGUGCUGUAUUCUUAAAAUUUUUUGUAUCCCAAGUUACUAGAAUGAGGCGUUUGUUGACAAGUUUCUGCGUUAAAUAAAUGUUAAUAAUGGAGCCCUACUGGCCUUGAAGCAAAAUGCGUCUCAUAGAUUUGAUUACUGCUUAAUAAAAUGCUUCAGUAGCUGAUUUAAACACUUAGUUUACUCAGGGUUUAAACGAGUUUUCUAUUAUUCAUACCUUAUCACAGUCAUACGCAUACAAACGCAUUGAAAACUAUAUAAAAGUCUUUUAUGAAAACGUGUUUAUCUUUACAUUUCAUGCAAAGAUCGGUGCACUGUUUUGCUGUGUCAUUACUGUAUGCAUACAUAUGUAUACGAUGUGCCGGUAUGAAUUAUGCAACAUAUGCACAUAUUUGUAUAGAAUGAGUCGUUUUUUGUAUUUAGUCAAAACUAACAGCUCGCAAAUUGCGCAUAUAAUUCCAUACCUAAACCAGUUGCAUUUAUUUACUGUGAUCUUUAAAUAUUUACUCCAAAAUGCUAAUUCUACCGCCACGCGUUUUGUGCCAACAAACACGUCAUUUACGAGGUAAACAAAAUAUUAUAAGUGCUGCUAUCCAGAAUUUACAACAAAGGGAAGAAUCUAGCACUGCCAUGGAAAAAUUUGGUUUGCCGAAGCGGUUGCAGGGCAGUAAGCCUAGUGUUUGGAAUGAGUACAUUGCUUUAGCUAUGCAGUACAAACCCCUUAAUUUAGGGCAGGGAUUUCCAGAUGAACUUCCACCAUCUUAUGUUACAGAUGCCUUAGCGGAUAUAGCGAAAAGUGACAAUCCUAUGCUGCAGCAAUAUACACGUGGUUAUGGUCAUGUACGGCUCGUGCAAGCGCUGAGUAAACUUUACUCAAAGUUAGUUGAGCGUGAGGUAAAUCCACUAAGCGAAAUUCUUAUAACAUCGGGCGCAUACGAAGCACUAUAUUCGGCUAUAAUGGGCCAUAUUGAUGUUGGAGACGAAGUAAUUAUCAUUGAGCCAUUUUUUGAUUGCUAUGAGCCUAUGGUGAAAAUGGCAGGUGGUGUGCCACGUUUCAUAGCACUGAAACCGAAUAAAUCGAAUGGUACCAUCAGCUCUGCCGACUGGGUACUCGACGAUGCCGAACUUGAACAAGUUUUCAACAAUAAAACCAAAAUGAUUAUACUCAACACCCCACACAAUCCAAUUGGAAAGGUAUUCCAUCGCGAAGAAUUAGAACGUAUUGCUGCUCUUUGUCGUAAAUGGAAUGUUUUGUGCCUAUCAGAUGAGGUCUAUGAAUGGAUGGUAUACGAUGAUGCUAAGCAUAUUCGUAUUUGUACUUUACCUGAUAUGUGGGAACGUACAAUAACAGUUGGUUCGGCCGGGAAAACAUUUUCAGUAACUGGCUGGAAAAUCGGCUGGGCCUAUGGACCAGCUAAUUUAAUUACUAAUUUACAAAUGGUACAUCAAAACUCAGUGUAUACGUGCCCUACUCCAAUACAAGAGGCGGUAGCACUAGGCUUUGAGUUAGAGCUAACUCGGCUAGGGUCUCCUGAUUGUUAUUUCAAUAGUUUGCCACAAGAAUUAAAGGCGAAAAGAGACUUCAUGGCGAAAUUUUUGCAGGAUGCAGGUCUGAAACCUACAAUACCCGAGGGUGGUUACUUUAUGUUAGCUGAUUGGAGUAAAUUGGGUAAGAAAAUUGAUUUAAGUUCUGAGGCUGACCAAUAUCUGGAUUAUAAAUUCACUAAAUGGAUGACAAAAAAUAUGGGUUUGCAAGGAAUCCCUCCAAGUGCCUUUUAUGGCGAAGCUCAUAAAAAGCUUGGUGAAAAUUUUGUACGUUAUUGCUUUAUCAAAAAGCAGGAGAACUUGGAAAAGGCAGCUGAACUCCUUAAAAAGUGGAAAUCUUAAAACCUUGUAAAAUAUAUCUUUUUGUUAGUGUGUUAACGCUCGUAUUAAAAGUACAUAGUAUAUAUAUUUGUUUAUAUUUUUGGUAGAGAAGCAAACUAUUAAAAACUACACGUCAUAUAAUGA